AAAAUAUGGGAUUUGUAUUUAUAUGCUUAUUUAACAAUCUGCUCAUAAUAUUAUGGACUUUAACCAUAACAUACGUGUUAACUCAAGAUCCCGUGGCAAUUUUACCACAAGGCCGAAUUGUUGGGAUAAAAGUAUAUACAGAGGAUGCGCCGACUCCUGUUGAAAUAUUUUUUGGAGUACCUUAUGCCACUCCGCCUAUAGGGAGAUACAGGUUUUCUGCACCAGAACGUCAUAAUGGUUGGAGAAGAACAUUUUUUGCACAUCGCAUUCCUCCACAUUGUCCUCAAUUUGGAGAUAACGAGAGUGAUAAGUUCAGUGAAGACUGUCUGUUCUUAAAUAUAUGGACACCACGGCGUGCAGAUGGGAAGUCGCUGCCUGUAGUAAUUAUAUUGUAUAGUGAAUCAUGGAUACAAGGAGGAAUCUCAUUGCCUUGUCAAGAAUUGGCAGCGGAAGGCAUUGUUGUUGUUACGGUUGCUUACCGGUUACAUUUAUUAAGUUUUUUUACACUAGGCUCUAUAUCCGCGCGUGGAAAUCUCGCUCUUUUGGACCAGUAUCUGGCUUUGCUAUGGAUACAUGACAAUAUAGCAGCCUUCGGUGGUGACCCCACUGCGAUCACUCUUAUAGGACACUCUGCUGGCGCUGAAAGUGUUCUACAUCACAUUGCUUCACCUCGUACAGUUGGUUUGUUUCAAAGAGCGAUCAUAAUGUCACAAAUGAAUCCUUGGAAGGUGGUGGACGACAGACAUAACGUAAAUUCUAAUGAUGCUAUACGAAUAUCUCGUGAAAUCGCACGACGCUUAGGAUGCGAUAAUAAUUCAGAUCAAGAAAUACUAAAUUGUAUGCGAACACUUUCCAUAACAGAUAUUGUAGCUCUUUAUUCCAAUUCUAGUUGGAGCAAAUAUAUGCAACCAGUAUCUGACCAAUUUUUGCCAGAGUCCGAACAGUAUUUACCAACAUCAUUGCCAGCAGCUUUAUCGGGUGUUAACCAACCCAUCAUGGAACUCGACCUACUUUUGGGAGCCACUGACCUUGAAUUUAUAAACUAUAAUGAUGAAAACUACCGACAAUUAUUACGAUUAAACUCAUCGCAAAUAUCUGAAUACAUAGACAAUAAUGCUAUACCAGAUAUAUUACGAAAAUUUUCUUUACACCAAACGGAUGCCAUAGCGCUGUUGACACAUGCAGUUCGCUGGGAAUAUUGGGAAAAAUACACUAAAAAUGACAAUGUAAUGGAUUCUCUUCUGGCAUUAGAAAAGUUAGCUCGAAUCGAAUCUACAGCCAAAUGGGACGCAGGAAAUGCAUUAGUCGCAGCAAGACUAGCGCGACGAGUAUCACGUCUCUAUGUAUACCGAUAUUCACAAUCAUCUAGCAUUGAUUUACAAGGUCAACAAUUGAAUUUUACAGGUGCAAUCCAUGGAACAGAUUUAAUUGCUCUUUUGGGCGACGCUUUAAUGCUGCAAAUAGGUCGUCGUCGUAGUACACCAAAUGAAAAACUAGUAUCAUCAAUAUUUCGUCAAUAUAUUGGAAACUUCAUUAAAUAUGGAUCUCCUGGAAUAGAAAAUGAAUGGAAACGUUACAAAGUUGGUGACGCUCAAAUUUAUGAUAUACAACAUAGUGAGAAUAAUAAUGACAAAUUCAGAGCUAAAAAAGAUGGAACUUUUUGGCUACAAUAUUUGCCACAACUUUAUAAUCUUCGAUCAAUCUCUGAACACACAGAACAGUUAACAUCAGAGAAAGGUGAAACCAGAUUACGUGGAGGUGUCUUUGCUAUGUGUGGUGUUUCUGUAGUCUUGCUAAUACUGCUAUGCGCCUGUGUUAUUUUGCUGCGGAAGGAACGUACACAACGUUCGUCUAUUGCUGAUGAAAGUCAUCGAUGAUUAGUAAAAUAUGUUAUUUUUCAUAUGUAUACUUUUAUCUUAUUAUAUUAUUAAUGCGUU